AGAUAAGCGCCAGUGAGAGCGAGAGGAAGGAGUGUGUUUAGUAAUUAUGGUUCGUGAUUAUGCUAAUCCAGCGGAACAUGUUACUAAUUAUUUGAGACAGCCUAAUGUGGCUAACAGGAAUCUGCUGCCCCGUAAGCUUGAUCCGCCAGAAUUGUGGCACCCGGCGGUUGAUCAGGCUUUACGAACAACGGGAUUCUAUCAUGUAUCGAGAGUGGGACAGAUCAGAGGGCAUUCCGCCUUACUAUCUGCUCUUGUAGAAAGAUGGAGGCCGGAGACUCAUUCUUUCGUAUUGCCAGUUGGUGAGGUUACAGUAACCCUGGAGGACGUGUUACACAUAUUUGGCCUACCGAUUGAUGGAGAGGUUGUGACUGGUUGGACCGAUAGUAGUCAGGACUUCUUGGUCAACCACAGCAUGGCGAUUUUUGGCAGAGAACCCGUUGUGAGUAGUUCAUCUAAAAGUUACAUAAAGUUAUCCUGGGUUCGCCAUAUCAGAGAUACACAUCCUCUAGACACUUUGGAGUCUGUUCAACGAUACGUUAGGUGUCAUAUCUUCUGUCUGCUGGGAACCAUCCUCUUCGCGGAUAAGUCAACAGCAUAUGCCCACGCGAAGUACCUACCACUGCUUCAAAACUUUGAGCAUAUCAGCACUUACAGUUGGGGGUCAGCAACUCUCGCACAUCUUUAUAGGUCACGGUGUCGUGCAUCGCGUUAUGAUUGCAAGGAGAUGGAUGGCCCGCUUGAUUUGUUGUUCGUUUGGGCGUGGGAGCGAAUGCCCUUUCUUGCCCCCAUUCCAAGACAGCAGCUUGCACUAGCUGAUAUACCGGUUGCACGCAGGUGGAGUCAUCAUCCACGAACUAGGGCGUGGAUAUCGAAGAACGUGGCGUCUAUUAGGCAUGACAUAGACUACAUGGAAGAGUUUGUCUGGCGGCCAUACCUCGACAUCAUCAUCCCGGCCGAACUACAUCACCACCUUGAUGUGUGUGACACAGUAGGGCCAUUGAUUUCAUUCGAGUGUGUCGAAUGGCAUCCUGUGGACCGAGUGGUUCGUCAGUACGGGUACGCACAGUCUCCCCCUCUGCCGGCACAGGCCAUUCGUCUUGACCAUCAUUGUUACACUCUUCGGGGAGUACAGUGCCACGAUUGGAGCACCAUACUCAAUGAAUGGAUUCAACAGUGGGGGAACCGCCGCAACAGUCGGUUGCGAGAUAGGAAUCUGCAACCAAUCGCUGACUUUAGCCCGUCUGCCGAGUACCGUAGUUGGUACGGUGGAUUAUUUUGGAUGUACCUGAGGUUGUCGAAGUUGAUCCAGCAGCCACCCCAUUAUCCACCCCAGCAACCACCCCAUUUUCCACCCCAGCAGCCAUAUGCAGUGUUUCAUCCAUUUCCUUAUCAUCGCCCACUUCUACCUCAGCCAUCACAUCAGUUGCCGCAGUCACACCGAGCAUCGGUGGACGGAUUGGCUCGUCGGAGCCAUCGUACCCCCACACCUGAUAGUCAAGCGAGUGGUUCCAUCGAUCCACAUGUUGGGAUCAAUACAGGACGUCUGAAUGUGCUAGCAGCAGCUCCGAGCGGUCUGGACUUGAAUGCGCCGACACAGCAGGAGGUUGUUGCCGAGUAUAUCCCUGGUCCUUCCGCUCCAGCAGAAGCAGGUGGGUCAGGUCCAGUCGAGGGAUAGGCAGUUGGUCAUUAGUACAACCUACGGACAGAUGUCCGUUCAUCGAACAGGUUUACUCCGUCAAGUGUUAACAAGAUAGUGAACAAGAUGAUGGGAUUUUUUAAGAAGCCGUGAGCUGAUUAGUCGAACUUAGUCUAUUUACUGUUUGUUUUAGUUGCACUCAUCUUCAAUUUAGUCAAUCUUAGUCUAUUUAAUCUUUGUAUUAGUUGUAUGCGGCUUCAGUUGACUCGAACUAAAUAUCAUUUAAUCUCUAUAUUAGUUGCAA